AUGGCGGCCGGCGAUGAACCUUCUGCUGAGACCAGCACCCCUGUCGCAGAGCUCAAUGCCUCUACCAAUGAGAACACGCCUGCCACCACGUCUGGCGAUGCCACGCCAGACCAGAAAUCUGACAACAACCGUGACGGAAAGAAGCGAGGAGAAAAAGGACGAGCAGAAUGGAGUCGCCAGCAAAAGCAUGACAAGAAGCGCAAGAAGCAAGAUGACUGGCGAGAAUUCAAGCGCCGCAAGAUGAGCGACAAGGCCGGCGGGUCGACCGAGUCCGAUAAAAAGAACCCCUUCACCAAGGAGGAAAUUGCGUCUGAAGAGCGCCGACCGAAGCGCAAGGUCGCUGUCAUGAUUGGAUACUCGGGCACAGGCUACAAGGGCAUGCAAGUGAAUGGAGAUGAACCCACGAUCGAGAGAGAUCUCUUCCAAGCGUUUAUUGAAGCCAAGGCCAUUUCAAAGGCUAAUGCGGAUGACCCCCGCAAGUCGAGUCUUGCACGGUGCGCCCGAACGGAUAAGGGCGUGCACGCGGCGGGCAACGUGAUAUCCUUGAAGCUGAUUAUCGAGGACGAGGAUAUCGUGGACAAGAUUAAUUCGUUUCUGCCGGAGCAGAUUCGGAUAUGGGGCAUCCAGCGGACCAACAACAGCUUCAAUUGCUACCAGUAUUGCGAUUCGCGGUUCUACGAGUAUUUGCUGCCGAGUUAUUGCUUGCUUCCGCCGCACCCGCAGACGUAUCUGGCCAAGAAGUGCGAGGAGCUGAACAAGGAGUAUGGCGCGGAGGAAGAAGUUGCUGCUUUGAUGGCAGACGUCAAGGACUUCUGGGCAGAUGUCGAGGAGAAGGAGAUUAAGCCUAUUCUCGCGAGGCUUGAUCCCGAGCUGAGGGCCGUGGUUAUGGAGAGGGUGCACGCCCAGGAGGCAGAAGAGUAUGAAAACAACAAGAAGGCCGAGGCAGAGCAGAAGGAUGCCCCAACCGCUGAAGCCCCAGCUGAUGCUGCAGUUGAAAAGUCAAACGAAGCCGAUGCUUCUACUGGACAGGCAGAGGCAGCUAACGCGGCACCCAAAAAGGCCACGCUCGAGUCUCACAAACCCAAGAACCGCGAACUCAGCCGCACCGACUACGCCCUCCGCGACAUCAAGGCGACCUACAUCGCCGCCAAGCGCAGGUACAGAGUAUCCCCAGAGCGCCUGCAGCGCCUGCAAUCCGUUCUGGACAAGUACACCGGCACCAACAACUUCCACAACUACACGGUGCAAAAGACGGCGUCUGACCCCUCCGCCCGGCGGCACAUCAAGUCCUUCGUCGUGAACCCCAAGCCCAUCCUCAUAGGCGACACGGAGUGGCUGUCGCUCAAAGUCCACGGGCAGAGCUUCAUGAUGCACCAGAUCCGCAAGAUGGUCGGGCUGGCGUCCCUGAUGGUGCGCUGCGGCACCACGUUAGACAGGGUGGGCGACUCGUACCGCGCGCAAAAGAUGGCGAUUCCAAAGGCCCCCGGGUUGGGGUUGUUGUUGGAGAGGCCGGUCUUUGAGAAUUACAACCGCAGGGCGAAGGAGAAUCUGGGCAAGGAGACGAUUGACUUUAGUAGGUAUGAUGAGCGGCUGGAGGCGUUUAAGGAGAAGCAUAUCUAUAGUCGGAUCUUUGAGGUGGAAGAGAAGGAGAAUACGUUCCAUGGAUUUUAUAACCAGAUUGACCAGUUUAAGGCGAAUCACUUUUUGUGGCUGACCGCCGGAGGAACAAAGGUGUCUGAGUUGAAUAAGGAGGGUGAGAAGGCGGAAGUUGAUAAGGCGCUGGGCGAUGAGGAUGAGGAUCCGGAGGGUGGUGAGGGUUAA